CCCCGCCUGUCUUUCGUUCCGUCAACAGAAGAAAGGAUUUCAAACUCCAGGUGGACGCUCUCCAGCGCCAAAAUGGCAGCAUAAAGGCGUGCGGCGGCUUCACUUGCAGCGGCAAAAAACCGGCAGUGCAACGGCAAAGUGCACUGGCAAUUUCUGGCAAAAUGGCGUCUCUCUCGGCAAUCACCCUCAGCUUUGCUGCCGUCGACAGCACAAUCGAACCGCUCGACUUGCUAACAUCAUCAGACUCGCCUUUGUAUCUCCUCACCCUUUCACGGCUACCACUGACCAGCAGCAGCCAUGACACUCGCCUUGGAGGACGUGGAGGCCCUGUGCUUAGGGUCCUCGUUUCUGAUGGCUGACCCCAUGGGGCCCCUUCUGGACCAAGAUGAAGAAGAAACUCUUUCUCCCUCCUCCUCUCUAGAGGGGAAGGCACCAGCUUCGCCCCCCCUCUCUUUCUCCUCCUACGCCUCUUCCUUGUCUCCCUACCAGACCUUAUCGUUCUCACCACUCUCUUCUGCCUCCCCACCUCCCUCUCCUCCUCUUACCCCCUCCCAUCCCUCUUUCCUGGGAACCAAGGCCGGAGCGGACUCUCUGUCCCUCCCCUGGCUGGGCGCCAGCGACCUGCUCGAUGCCCAUAUUGGAGCAGACGAUGGCAAAGCAGAUGAUGCUUUCGCGGGCCUGGACUGGAUGUCAGAGAAAAUCGACCUGAGUGAAUUUGACCUGGAUUCCCUCAUUGGCUCCUGCUCAUCUGAUGAGUCCCCCAGCUCUCCCGAGGAUCUCCUAGCCUCCCUCGACUCCCAAAUGGAUCUGGAUCUAGACCCCUAUGACACAACCAUCCCAGUCCCCAGUAACAGCUUGGAGCUGAGCCUGCCACUGCCCAGCAUCCCCGCUCUUCCUCUUGAGCUCCCCCUCCCUGGGGCGACUGAGGCCAAGACGACAGAGUCGGUUCCUUCUCAAGAAGUUGUUAUGAAGUCUGAGCCUGCCUCCCCUGUUCCCUCUCCUACUCCCACUUCAGUCUACACGCUGGAGCUGGGGAGUGAAGUGGAUGUCCUGGAUGCAGAGAAAAACACACCCCUCACAGCCACCAUCAUUCCAGACCCCAGUGGAAGCCUUCAGACCGGCAGCCCUAUUGUGCUCUCCCUGCCCUCCUCUGGCCACAUCGUGGUUGUGCUCACCAACAAACAAGAGCCCUCCCUCGUGUCUCUUUCUGAUCAGUCCGUUAAUAUCUCCCCUCCAUCGACUGACAGUGACAGCGACUCUGGCAUCGAGUCCAGUGCUGGCUCUCCUCCUCGCUUCCCUUCACCUCCUCCAACCCCCUCUCCAUCAGCUGGUUCCUCCAGGACCAAACCCUACACAAAACCUGAACCCACUUCGCCCACCACUCCCUCCGCCAAGGUCAAAUCUGUGUCUGGUGCGCCCAAAGUGGUUGAGAAGAAGCUGAAGAAGAUGGAGCAGAACAAGACUGCUGCAACCCGCUACAGACAGAAGAAGAGGGUGGAGCAGGAGCUGCUCGGCAGCGAGCUGGAAGACCUGGAGAAGAGGAACCACGAGCUAAAGGAGAAGGCAGAGUCCAUCAGCAGAGAGAUCCAGUACUUGAAAGAUCUGAUGGAGGAAGUCCGUAAGCACAGGCGAGGGAAGACCAGCUCGGUGGCUCAGUAACCAGUGUGGUGUUACGUUUCUGCUCUAAUGCUCGCAUGACUUUUCAUCAUGUUUUGAGAAAAGAAUGACAUGCGAGUGUGGAUGCAUGAAACAGGCCAGUGAUAGAAAAGAGGGAACAGUUAGAUAAGAGAAAAGCCUCUGAAAGUGGAGAUUAGUGUAGAGCAGGGGGCUGGGAGGUAGUCUGGUGAAGCAUCUGUACAUGCUUGUCUCUCAGUCCCCUGCUAGGUCCCAGUAAUGUACUUCCUGUCUAAACUAGCAGUACUUUAACCAUCAGGCAGGUUGUCUUUGUAGAUUAGGCAUGCUAAUCAUGAGUUACUGUAACCCCUGGUAGUGUUGUAGAUCUUAACCCUUUACACUCCCAGCAUCUUUGGAGACCACACCCAGCUCAGCUUCAAUAAAUAGUCCUAUGUUUGUCAAGUGAGAUACCACUUCUACUUGAUGUUUCUCUCUCCUUUUUAACCUUCUCACCCCAUUUCGACCUUCCUCUUAACAGCUUCAAGUCCAGAAAGGGGCCUCGGCCUAUUUAAGAAUUCUUGAUGUUACACUGUCAACAUGGAUGUUUUUGUGUAUAUAGUUUUUUCCUGAUCCAUUGCUCGCCUAUUGUGGCUUUCGUUAUUUAAUGCUGGAUAAAUCUGAUAGUUGAUCUGGUCACUCAGUCUUUUAGUGCAGCUGUUUGGCUUGUAAAAAAUGCUCUUUUUCUUUUUCUAAUAAAUAUCUAUCUGUAAA